AUGCAAAAAGUCCUAUUAACGGCAACGAUUGCAAUAUCGCUGACCGUCUCCACCAUAGUUAUUAUUUGGAGCCUUGACGGUCUUACCGUAUGUGUUCCAAGCUUUGAAAGCAAUAUUAGAUUUGUCUAUUAUAAAGAUUAUUGUAUUUUGCCGUAUAUAACACGUAAUAUUUAUGAAGAUAAUCUUGAAAUACAUGAACGAAUUACGUUGACAUUUCACCUUAGCUAUGACUAUUUUGAUGCCAGAAUUACUGAGCAGGUUGAAGCAUGGGAUGGUCCUAUAACACUUGCUGUUAUGGUACGAACAGACAAUGUUUUUGAGAAUAUCCGAAAUGUGGAAGCUCAGUUUGUGCGUUCAAAGUAUGUUUUAAUGGCUGAUUACGAGUUUGUCUUCUCAAACGGGUUUGAACGACGGAUGCGUGAAUUGGCACGAACCGAAUUGGCGAAAAGACCGAAAACUGCUUUGGUCUUUCGCAUUUUUGAGGUUGACCAGAAUGUUCAGAAUCUACCGACUAACAAAAGUGAAUUACACAGUUUGAUGAAGUCGGGUAAAGCAAUUGAAUUUCACGCUAGAUUCACCAGUAAUGCUCAUAAAAUUCCCGGUCUAUCCGACUGGUUUCAACGUCCAGAAGGCACUGGUAGUGCAACAAUUUCUGCCGAAUUGCCGCUUAAUCGUCAUGAUUGGGAACCACAGUUUGUUUCAUUGAAUACCGCACCGUUACAUGAUGAAAAUUUUCCAUUUUCUGUACGCGAUAAUACAGUGUUGAGGUGGGAAAUGUGCCGUAUGGGGUAUACAUUUGCUGUUGUCAAUGAUCUGUUUAUGGUACAUCGGGGCAUCAAAACUGCCAAAGAUGUUCAACGAGUUCGGGGCCAACAAAUGAAUGCACGGUCAAAAUUUUCAGCAGCCUUGAAAAAGUUCAACAAACGAAUGGAUGACGAAUAUCCGGAGACAAAAAAAAAAUGUCCUAAAUUUAAGGCUUAG